UCAUCUGUAAUCAUCCAAUAUGGCGGAGCAUAAAAAUAAGAAUCGGCAAUCAAGCGAAGUAUUGUGCCCCAAAGAAGAUAUUUAACGCGGUAAUAUGCAGCCACCACCGCAGAGGAAGGGUAAAUUGGUUCAACUUCUACGUAAUGUACAAACAGAACAAUUCUCAAAACUGCAGCAGCGCUACCAAUUGCAGAUCGAUUUGCUUGAAGAUGUGAGGUCGUAUAUGAAACAAAAGUGUAGCAUCGAACGUGAUUAUGCGCAGGCCCUACAAAAGCUUAAUGCUCAGUACACACAAAAAAGGGACUAUUUUGUUGAAGAUGAGUCAUGUGAAAGCCUCAGAUCUCCUUUGAAGGUUUGGAAAGGCUAUCUAGAUCAAAUGGAAGAUGUGGCGAAGAAAAGGAUCACGGUGGCUGAAAAAGCCCAAACCGAAGUUGCAGACAAAAUAAAAACUGUUAAGUCGAGUAAAACGGCCACUUUUAAAAAGUGCCAAGAUUUAUUCCAGAGAAUAUAUGAAGAAUUAAACUUAUCGCUUAGGGAAAUGUCAAAGUGUAGGAAAUCUUAUAUGGAAUUGCAAAAACUGGCGGAGAUGGCACUGAAGGAAAAUGUGGACGCCCAAGACAAAUUAAAGAAAGGUGAAACGUUCUUUAAGUCGAAACAAGCUCUAGAAAAGAACUUAUCAAAGAGUUCCGAGCGAAGAGACUUAUCCGUGCGACAAGCAAGUGCGAGUCGCAAUGAGUACCUUUUGUCGCUGGCCGCUCUCAAUGGACACAUGAAACGAUUUCGAGACAUUGACUUAACGCAAAUCCUGACGGAUCUUGAUGGAGAUUUUUACGAGCAGAUGAAGGAAUAUCAUAUGUCGGCGUGCGUUAUAGAAGUUGAAGCGGCCUUAUACGCCCAAGAUGGUUCUAACGAUGUGAUCUCUAACGCUGGGAUGAUCGACCGCAACGCCAGUGUGAAGUAUUUUCUUGAAAAGAAUAAAAUGUUUCAAGAUACAAACACGUACACUUUCGAACCAUACGGAGAAGAUAAGAUUUCUACCAUCACGACGGACAGUACAAUGUUACUUGCCGUCGAGAAAGAGGCAAGAAAAUUGGCGUCGAAAUACGUCCGGGAACAGAGGGCGUUGAAGAAUAAAUUUGCAAAAAUGAACGCCUUGGAAUCAAAUAAGAAGAGGGAUGAAACGCCAUCACAAGCUGACGGACAGGAUCCUGAGUCGACCUUGGAAGGUUUGCAGGAAGCAAUACGGAAAGUUGAGACUGCCAUCGAGAAAACGGAAGCCUCCUUGGCGCUUCUCAGAAAUUCUGGUGUUCCAGUGGACAAAUGGAUUAAGAGUGCUGAAGCUCAACUUCCUCCUGAAGUCGCAGAGAAGAAACCUGCCCAAGUAAAGUCGCCAAAACCAGUGAAGCCAGAUGCGGGCGAGUAUGUUGACGUAUACGAACCUCCACCACCGGAGGCGAACACUAGCGAGGAUUAUUGGGAUGAAUUCGAAGAUACUAUUUACGAUAAGGAUGACGAUGAAGCCAGUGUUGCUUCGGGACAUGUUUUCAGUAUACCACUGCAUGCUGUAGUGCUGUACGAUUACACUGCGGCGUCUGCAGAUGAACUGUCUAUUGUUGAGAACGAGGAGGUGGAAGUGAUGGAGAAAGACGGCGAAGGCUGGUGUAAGGGUCGAAAUAGCAACGGACAAAUUGGAUACUUUCCAGAGUCGUACGUCCAAAUUAGUGCCAGUCCACCUUCAACAAUUUCCGGGGCGAAUUCAGUUCCAGACAAUUUGUCACAAGAUAUUGUAAUCGCGACUGAAGUAACUCCCAAUGAACACCAAGCGAUUUGUAUAGCGCGAGCUCUGUUUGACUAUACUGGUCAAAACGACGAAGAGCUGACAUUCGAGGAAGGUGCUGUCAUCACUAUUCUACGUCGAGACGGCGGGGAGGUGGACGACGGUUGGUGGGAGGGCGAGUAUAACGGUCAUGUCGGCGUUUUUCCUUCGCUAUUGGUCGAAGAACUAGGCGACGAGUCGCAUGAGAAUGAUGAAGAACAACAGCACCACGCGCAUCCUUCUCAUGUUUAUAAAGAAGAGGACAGAACGCGGAGCCUGUACGGGACACUGCCGCGUCAUACGCAGAAUGUGGACGCAUCGCAUAGCCAGAACGUGUGCGAUAGCUUAGAUUUAACUAUGACGCGCACGACGCCGUCUAGGCCACCGCUGCCGCAACAUCUUUUACAACAAAAUGCGCAGUGGUACGAUAGAAAUGAAUACGUAUAGGAAUUGUGUACAGGAAUUUGGAAAUAUGACAAAUAAUAGUGAUGUUGCUAUCGAUGGAAUGAUAGCAGGAAUGUCGCGAAAACAUCGCUAUACUGUCACCACAUAAGCAAAGAAAUUUCAAACAGUCGAAUUGGCCGGAGGAAACCGUUUUACAUCUGACAGAUCUGGAAGAAAACUUCGCCGCUGCAAAUGCCGAUUUUCCAUUCUCGCGAAUCGUUUGUUUGGCCACAUGCGAUUAUUUCCAUGCAGGUGGUCAAGUCGAAAAGUAAUAUGAAAAGCGCAAAAUUAGUGCAAGCGAUCUCUUUCGAGGUCUUUGCGACCAGGCCUUGAAUCCCAUCAAUCGAGGAACGCAAAAUAUAUUAUUUCGACUGAUUUGUUUUAAACCAAAGAUCAGUAAUAGAAUUUCCGCUGGAUAAAAAUUGCGUCAUAGAAAAUGUAUUUUUUUCAACUUGUAUUUAAUUUAAUUUUUUUUUAAGCCGGUUUUUCACUAGCGUUAAUUUUCGCGCGAAGCGACAUUUUACUUUUGUUCCAGAGCUCUUGACUGCAAGCAUCUGGAACUAAUUUCUCAAAUACAAAAGAAUAAAGUUGCUUCGCGCGAAAAGUAUCGCUAGUGGAAAACCGACUUUAUUCCGAAUAAGGCGACAAAGUCUAUGGCUAUUGAGAAGAAAAAAUUAGUCCGCUGUCGUUCGCCUAAGAACGUAACAAAAUGAUACAAUUAGUAAUAACCUUGCCAUUUUACAAAUUCCUGGUUCAAGGCCGGGUCGUAUGGUAUGGGAAGGGCGGAUUUUCGAAUGGAAAGCAAGCAGGUUUUUUAUCGUAUGCUGCGAUUGGGUUUUUUCGAAGUGCACUUCGAAAGACAAAAAAAUGCUUUAAAUCUACUUGUUUUUAACAAAAUAGUUAAAUUUUGCAAAAGACUGUUGUAACUUGAAAAUUUUUAUCAACUCAAAUUUGCAAGUUUCGUGCAUGAAAUAUAUCACUAGUACCAAACAAUUACUAUUUUUUAUAUAAAACUAUUUAGUUAUCAUGAUAUUAGAUUGGUUUUCUUUGCCUAGGCGCUCUAUAAGUACACAUAAACAACAUAUUUCUGUAACUGUCGUAAGGUAAAGUAAAGUAUACCAAAAGUUCGUAUGCCUUUAAAAUAAUAACAAUUACGUUUCAAUUUAAAAAUCCUUUUCAAUUUUCAGAGUGUCCAAGAAGAUUUAAAGCUAUUUAUCCUUUCGCAUUUGUGCGCAUUUUUUCCUUCUAACUCUUCAAUGCUUUCAUGAAAGAGUUGGAUAUUGAAACGGUUCUACUAUUCACCAAACUGUCCGAGAUCAAAUAGACGCUUCUCGGAUUCUCCCUCCGGCAGUGAAAGUGCCAUACCAGGCAAACAAAAUUAAAUUUCUUUUCCUCGUUUUGAAAUGAUGUUUUGCAUGUGUGCAUUCAAGCAAAUCCGGGAAGUGUCACUCAACCAAUCAUAAACUGUAAAUUAAAAUUAUUUCGUAGAGUUUAUAGCUUUCUGAAAAGUGGUUGACAAUGCUGCCGAAUGAAAUUAUUAGUAUUGUUAAAAUUAUGAACGUGUUCUUAUUAAUUUAAUAGUUUCUUAUCAUUCGUAUUGAUUGUAACAGCCGAAAGCAAAAAAAUAUUGCACUUCUACCUCUUUCAAAGGGGAGGAG